AUGGGUUUCAGUAAAAUGAGUCUCGAGUACGAAUGGAAAUACUUUGAUAUUCUCUGGGAGAGUCCACAACAGAAGCAGGAAGCAAUAGACUCUGGCGUCUACUACGAGAAUGCUACCGGAGCUUUUUUACAUGGCGUAGAUAAGGCACCUGAUGGUAGAAUAUUUGUUACCGCGAUAAAAGAUAAAGGUAUGCCAGUUAGUGUAAUGACGAUAACAGAGAAACUAGGAAAGGGUGGUCCACUUUUGCGUCCAUAUCCAGAUUGGUCUUGGUAUAAAAACGAAACAGAUUGCAACAGUAUUGUAUCUGACGUUUAUCAAGUAGAUAUUAAAUGCAAUCAUCUAUUCUUUAUGGAUAGCGGUAAACGGGGGCUUGAUUAUCUAUGCUCACCUAAGUUAUUCAUCUUCGAUUUAUCAACCGAUAAAUUAGUUAAACGAGUCCCCAUCCCGAAUAAAAUCGCUCAUAUAGCCGGCAUUGGAAUAUUAACUACAGUUUUCGUUUACGCUCCGGAUUGCACUAAUAUAAAGGACAAUGCAAUUGUAUUUAUAGGAGACGUCGAAAAGGCUAAUCUAAUAGUAUAUAAUGCGCGCAGUUCGCAAAUGUGCAGUCUCAAUGCUACUUCGGAGACAACUAAGGAACAUAUGGUACGAAGAAUAACAUUUCCUUACAUCGACAACACCUUUUGCAUGACAGUUAUUGGUGAAAGUUAG